AGCGCAGCGGGCGCCUAGGCUUCGCGUGCCCGCUUGCGAAGGGAAGCGGGAGGGAAGCGUUCUCGGGGACGGGGCCGAGGCGGGAAGCCGCCAGGUGCCCGCUGCGGUGGGAACCCCCGUACAGGGUGAAGGAGGGGCCUCACCGCCCGGAGAGGACCAACCACUGCUGGUGCACAGUGGGUCAGGGAGCGGCGUGCAGAAGGUGGGGGAGCCUGCGUCAGCUCCCGAAUUCGAGAACCCGAAUCAUGGUGGAAGGUCACUCGGCCGCAGACCAGCGGGGUCUCCAGCUAUUCGCCGCAGCGGACAGCCGUUUGCACUCCCGGGCUGUGGUUCGCAUCCUUUCUGGCCUCACUAUGGGGGUCAGCGCGCCAUCCAGACCCAGUCUUGCUCUUCCCUUUCUAGACCACCUGCUCUCGGACGUAAAGCAACUGGCUUCUUCUGCCGUGGUUGGAGAGCAGGCGAUCACCUCGUGGGACCCUGUAGAGACUUUGCUGCGCCGCGUCCCCUCCCCCUAUAUCGUUCCCCAGCCCGGCGGCAUGACCACUUCCGCUGUCCCUACCCUCUGCCUUUGCCAUCCGGGAGAGUGCCUGGGCCCACCAGAGUCCCCGUUAUGUCGCAACGGAGCACAGACGUAUUGGCCUGAGGGCCCGCAAACCUCCCUGCGAGGCGGCCGGGCGGAGGCGGGGGACGGGCAACGCCAGAGCUUAUAGCGGUCACCCCGAGUGACCGCUCGGAAGCCGGGACUGCCGAGUGGAGGGAGGACGUGGGCUAACGCAUGCGCAAAUGAGGGAGGCACGGACGCGGGGUCCUCACGCCGUGUGAUUUGGGGCGGGGGCUGGGGCCGGCCGCAGCGGGGAUAGCGAUUGGUCCAGAUGUGUGGUGCCACCGGCCGCCGGCUCCGCCCCGGCUCCCGUCUCUAGUGCAGCCCACGCGUUUCUAAGGCCUGGGGCCGCGGGACCUAGCCCACCUCACAGAACCAAAAUGAGUCACUCUGGGGCAGGGGGGGAUCGGAGUCUUAGGGGAAAUAUGGAACCCUACAAGGUACAGCGGCAGAGAGAAAGAGGAGAAAUGCAGGAUGUCCCAGUUCGGAGGAUCCCUUUGUGGCGUUCCACAUCAACAAGGGCCUUGUGAGGAAGUAUAUGAACUCUCUCCUGAUUGGAGAACUGUCUCCAGAGCAGCCCAGCUUUGAGCCCACUAAAAAUAAAGAGCUGAUUGAUGAGUUCCGAGAGCUACGGUCCACAGUGGAGCGGAUGGGGCUCAUGAAGGCCAACCAUGUCUUCUUCCUGUUGAACCUCUUGCACAUCCUGCUGCUGGAUGUAGCUGCCUGGCUCACUCUUUGGGUCUUUGGGACAUCCCUGGUGCCCUUCCUCCUCUGUGCAGUGCUGCUCAGCACAGUUCAAGCCCAGGCCGGCUGGCUACAGCAUGACUUUGGGCACCUGUCUGUCUUCAGCACCUCUACCUGGAACCACCUGCUACAUCAUUUCGUGAUUGGCCACCUGAAGGGGGCCCCUGCCAGUUGGUGGAACCACAUGCACUUCCAGCACCAUGCCAAGCCCAACUGCUUCGGCAAAGACCCGGACAUCAACAUGCACCCCUUCUUCUUUGCCCUGGGGAAGAUCCUCUCUGUGGAGCUUGGGAAGCAGAAGAGAAAGUACAUGCCGUACAACCACCAGCACAAGUACUUCUUCCUGAUUGGGCCCCCAGCCUUGCUGCCUCUCUACUUCCAGUGGUAUAUUUUCUAUUUUGUUAUCCAGCGGAAGAAGUGGGUGGACUUGGCCUGGAUGAUCACCUUCUACGCCCGCCUCUUCCUGACCUACGGGCCGUUCCUGGGACUGAAAGGCGUUCUGGGCCUUUUCUUCGUGGUCAGGUUCCUGGAAAGCCACUGGUUUGUGUGGGUCACACAGAUGAACCAUAUCCCCAUGCACAUUGAUCACGACCGGAACAUGGACUGGGUCUCCAUCCAGCUCCGUGCAACGUGUAAUGUCCACAAGUCUGCCUUCAAUGACUGGUUCAGUGGCCACCUCAACUUCCAGAUAGAGCACCAUCUUUUCCCCACAAUGCCUCGACACAAUUACCAUAAAGUGGCUCCCCUGGUGCAGUCCCUGUGUGCCAAACAUGGCAUAGAGUACCAGUCCAAGCCCCUGCUCUCCGCCUUCGCCGACAUUGUCUACUCACUGAGGGAGUCUGGGCAGCUCUGGCUAGAUGCCUAUCUUCACCAGUAGAACAGCUGCCCCAUCUGGAAGAGAUGCCGGUCUUCAAUGAUAAUACAAGCCCAUCUGGGAGAUGGUUUUUCUGGCACCAAGGCAGAGGGGAGCUUGAGGGAAAAUGCCACUGUAAUUAUAAUAUUCAGAGGGGGUGGGUUUGAGGAGAUAAAGGCUCAACUCAAACCCCUCCCCUUUAUCUUCCAGGCACAGACAUAAGACCCAAAGAGGGAGGGGUGGAGCUAUUGGGGCAGAGAUGUAAGUUUCCUUUCCUUUUUCCAGUUUGGCAGAAACUGAUGCUUGGUGAGCAAAGAGGGAGUCCGAGGGUGUUGGAAGAAUAGGGGGACCUACCAAGCCCCAAAAUCAGUAAGAGAUUUAGCAUUAAAAUUCCAGCCAGGAAAGGGGUGAGCCCAUCUCACUGGUCCACUUCUCAGUGCCUUCCCCACCCACUACUGUCUGAGAAGACAGAGCAGCUGAACCUUCUGAGCAAGACUUAUAUUUGAGGCCUGGUGUAGUGCGCUGCCUGGGAGACUCAGCGCACUCUACAGCUAGGUGGGACCUAGGUCUGCCUCAGCCUCCUGGAGAAGCAAUUUUCCCACUUCUAGAAGCAGGCAGAGCAAAGCCAGGACUGUGUUGCUGGAGACAUCUGACUUUGAAGGCUCCUGGCAUUAUUAAUUUUGAGCUUAUGUUCCACCCGGGGAGCAUUAGGUCCUAGGUCUUGCCAAAAUAGCAAGGAGAGUUAAGUGGUCAUUCAAAAUCCUCUCCACCUUGGGGUCACCUCUUAUAAUCACCACCCAAGGAGCAACACACUUUUAGGAUGUAGAGUCUAUUUCUUGAUUCUUAGCCACAAACAACUGAACAGACGGGACAACUUCAUCUCCUCCCUAGAAACAAAUGGAGGUUCCCAGUGGUUUCCCUCUGUCUUCCUACCUGUAAGUCCAAGUUUAAUAAAGUAGUCAGCACAAGUGACCACAUUGGGAGACUCUAAAUUAUCAGUCAGGAGGAAACCACAAAAUUCAGUCCUAAAGAAUAUAGGGGUUGCUAAGAAAUUUUCUAAAUUUCUUAAUUAGAAAUUAAGAAGCAAUUUCUUUUUAAUUUCUUAGAAAUUUCUCAGAAGAAGCAAUGUAUUGCUUCUGAGUAGGAACAGUGAAUUAAAUAUAAUCACUUCACAGUCCUAAACCAGAGAUAGGAAGAUAAAAACAGUUUGUGAACUAUGAACUCUUCAAGCGUCUUCUCACCUGGACACCAGGUAGGAAUUUAAGAUAAUCUCUUAAAAAGCCUCCCCGCCUAAUACUGAAAUACAGUCUUUUACAAAAAUCUUCUGGUUCUUAAAAGGUAACGACAACAAAAGAAUGUGCCCAGUAGUCUUUGCCUUAAGCCCCAGGGCUUGUCCUCUGCAUUCACAGCCGCUGCCCCACAGUCACAGCUUCGCCUAGCAGGUGAGGGCGUGGUUUACCUGUCCGACAGCACCUACUCUAAGCAUAUUGCGCAUUUUGGAUCCGGAAAGGAGGAAACUCAAACUAGAAGGAAAAAGCAGAGCCAUAGUUGAGUUGAGGCCUCGUUUAGUUGUGGGAGAGAACAAAGGUCAUCUGGAAGUGAGCUGCAGUGGGGUUCGAACACCCCCGUGGAAAGGCUGCAGGGACGACUUCAGUGGUUUGUCAAAACACAGAUUAAAGAGACAACACGAGGGCAGGACAGGGUGCAGAAGAGUUCAGCUCUUCUCCAUUUGUGCAGGACUUGGAUUGAAACAACCUGGAUAGAAAGACUAGAAGCAGGACUGAAAAGUUCUACUUUCAGUGGCUUCCUCCCACUGAGAACAGGUGCUGAUCCUGCCCCAUCCCUCUGGUCGCUACUUCCCAAGGUUUAGGGAGUCCUGUCACCAGCUUGUCCGGCCACCUGGCCGCCAGCCGGGGCAAACCCAGCAUGGCUUACUGAGCCAAGCCCAGGUCCUCAACGCGUUUCAACCACUGUGGCCUUCUCUCCUUAACCUAGACUAGAGUGGUCUACAUGGCCACAGAGGGACACACCAGCGACAAAAAGCCUCAGGCUGUUUUAACAGUGCGAUGAGUGAUCUCAAAUCCAAGCAGUGACCUGAGAAAACAAGCUUUAAGAGGACAAGUCACCUCCAGUCACAGAGUGUGGCAAAACUAACAUCUGAACUCCGUGUCUUAGAAUUCUAGAACCUCCACGUUUAUCUUUGUUACUCUCAUCUUCCCACCACGUUACUGGAAGCACUUUCUUUAGCUGGCCCCCACACCUGCAUCCUUUUUGUGUGUGCCAAUUUUGUUAUCACAUCCAGAUGAGGUAAAGCUGAAAAAUAAAGUUAAUUUUGACCAAAUGAA